AUGGCGAACUGGAGUCCUAAUUCUUGGACUACAAAACCCAUCACGCAGGAUGUGGUCUACGAGGAUGCACAAGGUGUAAAAGAUGCACUGGACAAGCUCCAUAAGCUCCCGCCGCUUGUUACCACCCAAGAGAUCAAUAACCUCAAGAACAGCCUGAGAAAUGUAGCCUUGGGGAAGGCGUUCGUUCUCCAAGGAGGCGACUGUGCCGAACUAUUCGACUACUGCAAUCAAGAUAUGAUCGAAGCCAAAGUCAAGCUUUUGCUGCAAAUGAGUUUGAUUCUUAUCUGGGGUAGGAAAAUGAAUCCCGUCUCCCUCAAACAAUUCAAUAUACUCACGUUCUACUCAGGAGCCAACAAACCUGUCAUUCGAAUCGCCCGUAUUGCAGGCCAAUUUGCCAAACCGCGAUCCAGCCCCACAGAAGUCAUCGGCGGGGUCGAGAUGCCCUCAUUCCGUGGCGACAAUAUCAAUGGGUUUGCUGCCGAUGCGGAAUCCCGGCGUCCAGAUCCGUCGCGUCUGGUAUCAGCGUACUUUCACUCUGCGGCGACCUUGAAUUACCUGCGCGCAUCUCUUUCUUCGGGUCUUGCAGACCUUCACUCUCCUCUCGACUGGGGUCUCGGCCAUGUUAUCACACCCGCAAUCAGGGAGCAAUAUGCCCAGAUUGUCAAAGCAGUCAAGGAUGCGCUAAAAUUCAUGAAGACUGUCGGCAUUGACAAAGAUCGAGGCGUGGAGACCGCUGAUAUCUACACCAGCCACGAGGGACUGUCCUUGGAAUACGAGCAGAGUCUGACACGAUUGCUUCGGCACCCAGCUCACGCCAGCACAGAAACAACGGGGGAGAUGGGAAGCGGUUUCUACGCUACCUCUGGCCACUUCAUCUGGAUUGGUGACCGCACGCGACAGCUCGAUGGUGCCCAUGUGGAGUUCUUCCGUGGAAUUGCCAACCCAAUCGGCAUCAAGGUUGGACCUAGUAUGCAGGGCGAUGAGCUAGUCCGCUUACUUGACGUGGUAAACCCAGCCAAGGAAAUCGGCAAAGUGACUCUCAUAUCACGAUACGGCGCGAAGAAAAUUGCCAAUUUCCUUCCAGGCCACAUUGCUGCCGUCCAGGCGUCUGGCCAUAUUCCUGUCUGGCAAUGCGACCCGAUGCAUGGCAACACACAAGCGACUCCCUCCGGCGUCAAAACUCGUCACUUUACGGAUAUCCUCGAGGAACUGCGACAGGCUUUGGAGAUUCAUCGGGCGGCCGGGUCAUUCUUAGGUGGUAUGCAUCUCGAAUUAACUGGCGAAGCAGUAACCGAGUGCGUGGGUGGUGCGGCUGGGCUUACCGAGGAUGGGCUCGGGGAGCGGUACACAACAUUCUGUGACCCUCGUCUCAAUGAAAAGCAAGCUCUUGAAUUGGCCUUCCUUGUUGCAGGUUUCUACCGCCAAGAGUCAGAAGAAUAG